AUGUUCUCAUUUCAUCCGACAACCACAGCUGCUACUACAUCCGCUUCAAUGUUUACAUUUUCUCGUCCGAUUACAUCACAAGCAUCAAAUAUACCACUGUUUCAAUUUGGUGGUAGUGGCGCACAGGGUGGUGCGACUGUCUCACCAUUUGCCCCUCUUCCAGCAACGAAUCAACCUGCUAACAACGCAAAUUCAAAUGCUACUGGCUUGUUCCAGUUCGUAAGCGGUCAAUGCGCACCGGCAGCACAAGUACCAAAUUAUUUUUUCACAAAUCAAACAGGCACAACAAUUAAAUUCAUUCCAGUAGCUUCACAAGAGACUGAAUAUGUGCGUAAAACUAAGAAAAUUGUAACUUCGGAUGUAAAAUAUCAGUGCAUAUGUAAUAUAAAAGAGUAUUCGAGUAAAUCGAUGGAUGAGCUUCGAUUAGAAGAUUAUCAAUCAAAUCGAAAGCUCCCCUCAGCGUCGACCUCGGUUGCCUCAAAUACAUUGAUCUUCAAUGUCAAUCCUCCAAUUACAACCGCAGCGAAACCAUUUAGUACUGCGACUACGACCAAUAAUAUUUUCAAUCCAUCGGUGUCAACUGUAGCGAACCCUUUCAGUGUUGCGACUCCGACCAGUAAUAUUUUCAAUCCAUCGGUGUCAACUGUAGCGAACCCUUUCAGUACUGCGACUACGACCAGUAAUAUUUUCAAUCCAUCGGUGUCAACUGCAGCGAGCCCUUUCAGUACUGCGACUACGACCAGUAAUAUUUUCAAUCCAUCGGUGUCAACUGUAGCGAACCCUUUCAGUGUUGCGACUACGACCAGUAAUAUUUUCAAUCCAUCGGUGUCAACUGUAGCGAACCCUUUCAGUACUGCGACUACGACCAGUAAUAUUUUCAAUCCAUCGGUGUCAACUGCAGCGAGCCCUUUCAGUACUGCGACUACGACCAGUAAUAUUUUCAAUCCAUCGGUGUCAACUGUAGCGAACCCUUUCAGAACUGCGACUACGACCAGUAAUAUUUUCAAUCCAGCAAUGUCAACUACACCAAUAACGACAUUUCCGUGGUUAAAAAAUGCUAGUUUAACACCAACUGCUCCAAAUCUUAACCCAUUCGGCAUACAACCCGUAACUACAGGAGCUCCAAUGGCAACGGCAUCAUCAACGCAUCCAUUUACUACUACGCCAGCUACAACAUCCAGUGUUUUCACAGUUCCGUCAAUAUUUCCUGGUUUUCGUACACCUACCAUAUCGACGGUCAGUACGAUCCCUUCAACUAAUAUCUCUCAGUCGUAUACUGCACCGUUUCAAUUCUCGCAAAGUUCAUCGAUUCUUAAUCAACCAUCAGUAAUUCAAUCAAUAUCUGUAACACAAACUCCGGCAAUUGUGCCAUCAUCAAUAUCUUCAACGGCGGCAUCAGAAACAGCUGCAAUGAGUCAGCAACAGUUUCUUACCAAACUACUUCUCGAUCCAUACGGUAAUCGUGGACGAAAAGAGUUUAUCAAUGCGGAAUCAACCUCCUCGCCUAAGACAUCCAUUGUUGAUUCAACUUUACAUACAACGGUGUCGGCAUCGACACCGAUACCAGUUGUUCUUCCGGUCCAUUCGAAUUUCCAAAGAACGACUGCUCCACAUUCAUCAAUUAACUUAGAUUUCAAACUAAAACCUACUUCGUCAGUUUCAACAUCACAUGAAGAUACGCAGUCACUCAAUCAACAAUCUAAAUCGACGACAGAACCAAGUAAAAGUACACUGUCGGGGGGUUUUACUGACGAAGAAGAGGUUGUUUUACUUACUCGUACGAAACUAUCCAAAUUACAUUUGUUAAAUAGUACAAUGAAUCAGCCAAAUACACUUCAUUCACUGUAUCCCCGACGAAGUUUAGCUGAAUUGGAAUCAUUAACAAAAUUAUCGCGACUAUCACCUCCAAUUUCGACACCUUCCGAACAGACUGUUUUGCCAAAAUCAGUCUCUCCAAACUUGGAACCUCAACCGAAUAUUGACCUGUCAUCGUUCCGUUUACCAAUCUUAACUCGUUUGAAUUAUUAUAUGAAACCGGAUCUAGCCGAAUUAGAAACACUAUUUAAUGAUAAAGGUCAAUGUUUGGUCAAACAAUUCACUGUUGGAAACGACAAGUAUGGUUCAGUGACAUUUUAUGGACAAAUUAACGUUGCUGGACUUAAUCUUGAUGAAAUAAUUCAAAUCAAUCACCAAGAAGUUAUUGUUUAUCCCGAUGAUAUAAGAAAACCAGCCGUCGGUGAAGAAUUGAAUCGUUCUGCUCGUAUUACAUUAUUUGACGUCUAUCCAAUCGAUCGAGCAACACGAUCAAAAAUAAGCGAUAUUGAACGAAUCAGAGCGAUGAAUUACAGUGAUCAUUUACGUGAAACCACCGGAAAGUUCGAUGGAGAAUUCAUCAACUACGAUCCCAUCGAUGGAUCGUGGACAUUCAUGGUAAAACAUUUUACUCGUUACGGUAUCGAUGAGAACGAAAAAAUAUCAAUGUUUCAUGUUCUUUGCGUCAUUGACCUGCAUGUGCGACGACAGAUCUAUGUAUCGCCAUUAGCCAAACUCGAAUUCAUUCGAGAUGAACUAAAAAUCGAAUGGCUUUCUCUCGACAUUCACUUCGACGUGUUCUUGGUGAUAUGGUUCAUCUUACCUCAGACAAGUUAUGAACGAUUACAUAAAAACGAACAAGAAGUAUGCAAAUCAUUGAAUUAUCUUGAUCAAGUCUUGACACAUAACAAACUGGAGAUUCUUCCGAGCAUCGUUACAUCGCUAAUUGAGAACAUUUUCGACAUUGAAAGUGUAUUGAAAGGUAUAUUUGAACAUGAAUCUGCAACAUUCAGAGCACAUCUACUCAAUGACGUCUAUUCUCUCCUCGCAGAUCUAAUCGACUGGUCUGAUCGAUUCCUUCUGGCCAAAUCAAUAAAUCCCGAUGAAAAAUACAAAAAACUAACUCGUGAUCUUAUCCAAGCGAUCAAAAAUUGCAUUUUAUUUGCUAAUGAUGCAUCUUCAAUUCAAAGCGCAGAGACACGUUCUGGUUCGAUACAAAGUUUUCACUCAUCGAACAGUUAUAAUGAUGAAUCCGCACCUGUCCUUCCUCCAAAACGCGACAAACCUUCGAUCAAUUCUUCCACAACCAUUGUCUCCAAUCGAAUACGACCUAACGGUAGUACAAAUUCCGUUCCGAGAAAGAUCCACCCAGAUAAAGAUAACGAUCAAUGUAUACAACUUAUUGUCGAUGAUAUCAAUCAGAUCGUCGAGAAAUACACACGUGAAUUAGAUGAUGCGAUACGUACGAAAACUACGGCUCGUUCCCCUUCAGCUGAACAACUAUUCGAUCAGAAUUGUUCGAUAACAAUGACAGCACCUUGCCAUCAACAUCCUCAAAAUGCUGAUACAUUAUACGAAACUCAAGUUUCGAAAAUCAUCAAAAGCACAGUAACGAAAACGACAGUUAAAAAUGGCCAUGAGAUAAUUGAUCAAAAACAAUCAUGUCAGCUUUAUAACGAAACCGAUUGUUCGAUUCAGUCGCCCAAUGGAACUUUCCAAACGCAAAAAUUUACAUUCAUCAAUCGAGAAAAGAUCAACAACGAAGACGAACAGCAGAAAUCAUUCGUCACAUCUCAAAAUCGACAGUUAAAUCUCGCCAAAGCCGAAGACGGCAGUAAUGAACCACCACCGUUACCGCCCAAACGAAAGACAGCUCGAGCGUACAUGUCCCUAUUUGAUCGGUAUGAUCAACAUGUCGCGGAAAAUUUCCUUCGUGAUACGUGUUCCGUACCAACACCUCAACGACGGUUUGAAGACUUAUUCGAACAAAUGCAAGAACACUUCCAACAGAUGCAAAUCUUUCCCAAUUUGGAUGAAUCGCUGAGAAUAAAACUGAAAAACACCGACAAAUCCAGUGACUCCCUGAAAGACAUGGACGAAUCAUUUACAUGUAAAAAUCCAUUGAAAAUUGACUAUCACAGUGAUCUUUUCCUGGAAAAUAUUUCCCAUUUACUUGUCUUUAAUCUGAACGAAAAUCCGUCAUUACGCGGUGGUUCUAUCGAUGCGUUGAUCAUCCGAGCAACAUCUCCCGAUAAAAAAGAUUUCGUUUAUCAAGAAGCGUUUCUAACUACCUAUCGUACAUUUGUCUCUCCGAGUGAUUUAGUUGAAAAAUUAAUUCAACGUUAUACGUUCUUUUCCCAAUUUGAAACGAAGAAGAAGAUAUCGCGAUAUGCGUUUUCACUUCUCAUUCGAGUCAUCGAUGAAAUCGAUAACGAACUAACGGAAGAUUUAAUGGAAUCUCUUUCGAAUUUUGUUACGAAUCUAAUUCGUCAAGGUGAACUUCAACUAGGGAAACUUCUACGACGGAAAUCUCUCGAACGUUUUACAAAAUUCCCGCCAUCAUCGGAACAAACUCCGCAAGAUAUUCUCAUUAUACAAAACUCAAUUUCUUCCAAACGAGCGACGUUACUUGAUUUUCACGCCAGUGAUAUUAGUGAACAAUUAACUCUACUGGAUUCAGAAUUAUUUCUCAAAAUCCAACUAUCUGAAAUCUUAUACAUGUCAAUUGAAAAAGGAGAAGAAUAUUCACCGAAUUUAGCCGCUUUCACCGAACAUUUCAACAAUAUCUCCUAUUGGGUCCGAUCACGAAUCCUCGAACAAAACUCGCAGAAACAACGUGAAAUUCAUUUUGAAAAGUUCUUGAAAAUAUUAAAACAUUUACGGCGAUUAAAUAACUUCAAUUCAUAUUUGGCCAUACUCUCCGCUUUGGAUUGUGGCCCGUUAAAACGAUUGCAUUGGUCGAAGAGUAUUAUUGACUCAAUAUCAGAACACGCCGGACUUAUUGACAGCACUGGAUCAUUUAAAAACUACCGCGAAGCAUUGAAUGCAUCGGUUGGACAACCGUGUAUACCUUACAUUGGAUUGAUUCUGUCGGAUUUAACCUUUGUUCAUAUUGGUAAUACGGAUUAUUUGCCGGAUGGUCGAACAGUUAAUUUUUGGAAACGGUGGCAACAAUUUACUAUUUUACAUAAACUUCGUUACUGUCGAAAAUGGGAACAUAAAUUCAUUCGUAACGAUCGUAUAUUGUAUUUUUUUAAUAACUUCGAUGAUUAUAUGAAUGAAGAUGCACAAUGGAUUCAAUCAGAGAAAAUCAAGCCCCGACAAAAAUCUAAUCCAUAUGCUUAG